AUGUAAUUUGAUGUUCAAAUUAACUAACCUGUCGAAGAUAGGAAACUAACUCUCAAUAAUGAAUAAGAAUUUGAAAAUAAUUAGAAGUAGAUUGCCACCAAAGUGCUUCCAUUAACAAAAAGACAAUUGAAUAAUAAAAAAUUCAAGCGAACGACCACUAUCAUAGAUGAUGAUGACCACGCUAUAAAAGGGCCAUUUGAGGAUAGUAGAGUAACAAGAAUGACCUUUGAAAAAUGCAGAAUUAUCGAAUUGACUAGAUUUUGGUUAAUAGUCGCAAGUGCAAUACUUAAUAUUUUAGAAGUAUAAUUAUUUUGAAUUAGUAUGAAUAUAGCUUUUCAACUUAUUUAACUAGAAAUAUGGAGAAUGAAUUGACUAUUCUGCUCUAUCUAAUAUUUUCGAUGACAAUAAUAAUAAUAUUUUUAACUAUUAUCUCUUAUUAAAUAGAUUUGGAAUAUCGAAAGAGCUCAAGAACAAUCUCCCAAAAGGCUUCAUUGAUGCAAACCAACCUUAUUUGGGGCCUAUUGAUAGAGUUAAUAAUAAUUAUACCAACAUCCAACCCAUUUACAAGAGAUUAAUAUGUUGUUUUUAGUCAAAGAGGGUCCUCUGAAACCAGAUUCUACACAAUCAACGAAAUUUUUACUUAUAUAAUGUUUUUCCGACUGUAUUUGCUACUGAAUAUAGGCUUCAAAUUUUAGAGUUAUUAUUCAAACAGGAUUGGAAGAGUUUGGUAAUAUAUUUGACUAUAUUAAUUUAAAGUCGUUUGUAUCAAACUCGUUUUGGAACCCAUUUGAUGUUGAAGCUAUGUAUCAGAUAGUUUCCAUUCUCUACAUUGAGUUGGUUAUUUAUAGUCGGUUUAAUCUAAUAUACUUACUAGUUGGAAAUAGCUGAGAGACCCCUUUUGAGAACGUUCGACGUUAUAAAUACCUAUAAUAUUUCGAAAAGUUUGUGGGUCACUAUGAUUACCAUAGCAACUGUAGGGUAUGGAGAUUUCUUCCCUUACACUGAUUUAGGAAGAAUUUCAAUGACUUUGGGAUUGUUUUAUGGUGUUACUAUAACUUCUCUAUUUACUGCAAUUUUGUAUAAUAUGCUCUAGCCUAUUUCUGGGGAAAAUAAAUCGUGGGCUUUAUUGGAUAAAACUUCAAUUAAGAAGAGUAUGAAAAGAGCAAGUUCGAAUAUAUUUUUUUAUUUUUAUUAAUUAAAAAAUAAGAGGAAGGUUGCAAAACGGCCAGAUGUUCAAGAAAAUCUCAAUGACAUCGUUUUCAAUUUGGAAAGCCACUUGUCUGAUGUAGGAAUAAUGAGAAGGUAAUUUUCUAGAGAACUAAUUUUAGAAUGUAUAGAGAUGUAGAUGGUGAAGAAUUUAUGGAAAUGGUGAAUAGGAAAUUUGGUGAUUCAAAUCAUAGUUUUAAGGAUUUAAUAUUAUAUCUAUAAAAAAUGAUGGAAUAACACAAAUUAAUUCUCAAUAAUUUAGAAAAAAAUCAGGAUUUGUAAUCCUUUAAACUUAAAUCGUCCCAAGCUAAAAACUUAUAGAAUGGCUAAUUUAGCUCUCCUUAAAGCUAUCAAUACAAUUUAAACACAGAGGAGAAACUUAGCAAAGACGACAAUUUCUUUGAAAAUUUAGAGGAAUCAAAUAGAGAUUCUUGUCUAAUGAGCUUUCAUGAUUGA